UGUUCUACACAUAUUUCCCCAAUCCAUUCUAGCCAUUCUACCAAUCUAUUUCAAAUGAGAGCUCCAAACUAUAAUUUAGAAGAAGAUCUAGCACUUUUUACAGCAUAUAUCAAUUUUGGAGGUGAUGGUGCAGUUGGAGUUCAACAAAGAAAAGGGAAACUAUGGGGGAAGAUCAUACCUUACUUCAGUGAGAAAAAGAAAAAUCCGAAUAAACGUAAUCAACAUAGCUUGGAGAAUCGAUUAUCGGUUAUAAAGAAAGAAACCCAUAAUUUUGUUUCUCUCAUUGGCAAGGUUUAUCGGAAGAAAGGUAGCGGUUGGUCACCCGAAGACUUGAGUCACCAAGCACGGAUCGAGUACACAAGAAUCUAUCGUAAACCAUUUCCACAUGAAGAAGCUUACAAACUCUUCAAAUAUGUAAAGGGUUAUGACUAUACAAAAUAUACCGAUGAGGAUGAGGAUGAAGAAGACGUUCCCGAUGCAGCUAUUCCGACCGUUGAACUUGAUAGAGAAAAUGAAGAAAGGGAAGAUGAAUAAGAACAGCAAGAACAAGUACUAGAUGAAGAAGAUGAAGUGGAAGUAGAUGAUGGAGUAAGGGUAUCUGUCCAUCCUCCCUAUAAACCAACACCUAAUGUUGAAAUUGAAAAAGAUCACCCAAAUAAAGAACAAGGGGCAUCAAACACAAUAAAGCGCUUAAGAAGGCUAAAUACACCGGAGAGAAUUCGUCGUCCUCAACCGAUUCAAUAUUCUCCCAAAGCUCUGACAAGAUCAUCUCAUAUCUCAAAGAAAAGGAUGCAACAAAGUCAGUAGCUACUCUAGAAGAGAAUGCAAUGAUUGAUCGUCGUCUCAAAGCCGAAGAAGCAAGACGUGAGCAAGAGUUGAUGACAAUGGACAUGUCCAAGUUGAGUUCCAUUCAAAAGGUAUGGGUUGAAAAGCAACAAAAAGAGAUACUAAAGAAAAACUAGGUUCAAAAGUUCGAUGUGCAUUUGUUUCUGAGUAGGAUUUUCUCUGUUUUAUGUUGCACUUUCUUUUUGUUUCUGAGUACUAUUUUCUCUUUUUUAUGUUGCACUUUCUUUUUGAAUACAAUGGUAGUAUGUUUCAUCUA